GCCAUUUCUGCGAGGAAGAAAAGAAGGAAGGAGAGGAAGAGGAAGAAGAAGGGAAAUGAGGAUUCUGUGAAGCCACCUCUUGGGUGCAGUAAGGAAACCAAUAAUAUAGAAAGAAGAAAUCCUCUCAAGGAGAUGAUCUUGCUGAAUUCUUGACCUCACAGAUAAGAAAGGAAGAGCAAAGUAUAUGCGUUUUUCAAAGUAAUUCUACAGCCAUAUCACAGUUGACAUGAAGGAGAAUGCAUCUAAAUGCCUGGUGUGUGGAAAGAGUUUUACUCGGAGGAAUGCUCUGCAGCAACAUGAAAGGACGCACACUGGGGAGAAACCCCAUGAAUGCCUGGCGUGUGGACAGAGAUUUUCUCAUAGUUCAAGUCUAUAUAGACAUCAAAGGACUCACAGUGGAGAGAAACCCUAUGAAUGCUUGGAGCGUGGACAGAAUUUCAUUGAUAAAUCAAGUCUAGGUUCCCAUCAAAGGAUGCACACUGGGGAGAAACCCUACAAAUGCCUGGAGUGUGGACAGAGCUUCUCUCGGAAUGAACAUCUAUAUUCACAUCAAAGGACUCACACUGGGGAGAAACCCUAUACAUGCAUGGAGUGUGGAAAGAACUUCACUCAUAGUUCAAGUUUACGCUCACAUCAAAGGACUCACACUGGGGAGAAACCCUAUACAUGCCUGGAAUGUGGAAAGACCUUUGCUCAGAGUUCACAUCUACGUUCGCAUCAAAGGACUCACACUGGGGAGAAACUCUUUAAAUGCCUGGAGUGUGGACAGAGCUUCACUCAUAGUUCAAGUUUACGUUCACAUCAAAGGAUUCACAUUGAGGAGAAACCCUAUACAUGCCUGGAAUGUGGAAAGACCUUUGCUCACAGUUCACAUCUACAUUCACAUCAAAGGACUCACACUGGGGAGAAACCUUAUGCAUGCUUGGAUUGCGGACAGAGCUUCACAUACAAUAGAAGUCUACGUUUGCAUCAAAGGACUCACACUGGGGACAAACCCUAUACAUGCCUGGAAUGUGGAAAGACCUUUGCUCAGAAUUCACAUCUAUGUUCGCAUCAAAGGACUCACACUGGGGAGAAACCCUAUACAUGCCUGGAAUGUGGAAAGACCUUUGCUCAGAAUUCACAUCUACGUUCGCAUCAAAGGACUCACACUGGGGAGAAACCCUAUAAAUGCCUGGAGUGUGGACAGAGCUUCACUCAUAGUUCAAGUCUACGUUCACAUCAAAGGACUCACACUGGGGAAAAACCUUAAUGCAUGCUUGGAUUGCGGACAGAGGUUCACAUACAAUAGAAGUCUACYUUU